AUGCUUCUCUACCCACAGACUUUCUUCGGUCGAGACGAGAAUCAGACGGAAAAUGAAGAAACUAAAAAUCAUCUCGAGAAUUUCAUUUCUCUUGCUCAACGACGUGCUCGGCUUGUCGCUACUUGUCCACUAUUUGGUGAGUGUUUGCUAAUUUUCUGCAGUCUAUUUACUUCACUGAAGUGUUCAUUAACGGGUCAUCACGGAACUACUGGUGGCAUUGAAACUCAUCGAGCGAGAGCCAUGCUUGACGCAGGAGUGAUCUCAAUCAAGAAAGUGCGGGUUGCUGUUGUUGGGGAUAAAGGCGUUGGAAAGACUAGCCUUAUCCGUGCUUUCACGAAAGAUCCGGAGAAUUCUGUUGAGGAAGCUGAAGCAACAAGGAUGUUUUAUGUCGAUGAGCAGCGAUACCUUUUCACGUUGAUUGAACUGCACGAUAACUGGGAUAAAGACGAGGGUCAUCGAUUUGGAAUUGAGGCUGUUUUGUUGUGCUAUGAUGGAGAGAGAGAACAAGAAAAACGACUUGCUGAGAAGUGGACCCCAAAAAUUACCGAACGAUUCCCAGCGGCUAAAGUGUAUUUGGUGCGCACGAAAUGUGAUCGACUCUACGAAAAUUUUGACGAUAGCCACAGUCCAGCUGAUGUCGCCCAGAUGCUGCACGUUGUAAAAGGCUACGAAUGCUCGGCUAAAGAACACACUGGAAUCGAAAAAAUGUUUAAAAAACUUGCUCAAGCGCACACUAUUGCUCAUCCUGAAGAUCAUGGCAAAUUGCAGCGUGUGAAUUCGAGUGAAGUCGUGCCAGUGGACAAUCAACAGAGAACUGCAACUUGUGGCCUUGCAACUACCGUUUUCUCCGCGCUCAGGUCCUCAAUUCCACUCGUCAAGCAAGCCGGUCACAAUCUAAAAGAAAUCGCCUGGAAUCCCGAUUGCUUUCCAGCGACCAAAAAUACUAUCCACUCAUACAUCCCGUUUUUGUUCUACACUCGCCCGUCAUAUGACUACAAAAGGAUUGGCGAAGAGCACAAACUGCAUGAGGAUUACUUGGUGCAAGUUAAACAGGAGCAACACGAGCAAGAACAGAAGACGAAUAAUUCAGUCCAUUCUUCCGUGACCGGUAGCUUUUCAUCAAAUUCAGUGAAAACGGCUGAAUCUAAUGCCAAAGUGUAUACUACAGCAAAAUCGACGUGGAAGACUGGUCAAGCCACUACUGCUUCAACUUCGAACGACGCUUCAAAGACG